AUGGCGUCCCUCGGAGACGACCUCCUCACGACCGUCAACAAGUUGCAAGACUUGGUGUUCAAUACUAUCGGGAGCGACUCGCUCGAUCUGCCACAAAUUGUUGUUGUAGGCUCUCAGUCCGCUGGGAAAUCAUCCGUACUGGAGAACAUCGUCGGCCGUGAUUUCUUGCCGCGCGGAAGUGGCAUCGUCACCAGACGACCCUUGAUCUUGCAACUGAUCAAUGUUCCCGAAGACGAAAACGCCGCAGAUCCUCUGCAAGACCCGUACCGGUCCCCCGAUGUUGCCCGGCGAUCCGAAUGGGCCGAAUUCCAUCAUAUUCCCAACCGCCGUUUCACUGAUUUCUCCGACGUGAAGCGCGAGAUCGAGAACGAAACGUCCCGUGUGGCUGGCAAUAAUAAGGGCAUCAACCGGCAGCCUAUCAAUCUCAAGAUUUACUCUCCGCAUGUCCUCAACUUGACGCUCGUCGACCUACCAGGACUCACAAAGGUUCCCAUCGGUGAUCAACCCACGGACAUCGAGAAGCAGACGCGCAAUCUCAUCUCAGAAUACAUUGCCAAGCCGAACAGUAUCAUUCUCGCCGUCUCCCCCGCGAACGUUGAUAUCGUGAACUCGGAAGCUCUGAAGCUUGCUCGGCAUGUUGAUCCUCUGGGAAGGAGGACCAUCGGUGUACUCACCAAGGUUGACCUGAUGGACCAUGGCACAAAUGCGUUGGAUAUCUUGUCCGGCAGAGUCUAUCCCCUAAAAUUGGGCUUUAUCGGUGUUGUGAACCGUUCGCAGCAAGACAUCCAGGGGAACAAACCUAUGGAAGAGGCUCUCAAGGCUGAGUCGGACUUUUUCCGCCAUCACCCGGCGUACCGCAACAUUGCCAGUCGCUGCGGAACUCACUAUCUGGCUAAAACGUUGAACACCACUCUCAUGGCUCAUAUUCGCGAGCGCAUGCCUGACAUCAAAGCGCGACUCAACACCCUGAUGGGUCAGACGCAACAGGAAUUAGCGAGCUAUGGUGACAUGCAUUUCAGCGGCAAAGAGCACCGCGGGUCCCUCAUUCUGCAACAGAUGACACGAUUCGCCACGUCAUUCAUCUCAUCUAUUGACGGUACCUCGACCGAAAUUUCCACCAAGGAGCUGUGUGGUGGCGCCCGCAUUUACUAUAUCUUCAAUUCGGUUUUUGGCAUGUCUCUCGAGUCUAUCGACCCAACGUCAAACCUCUCCGCUUUGGAUAUCCGCACGGCUAUCCGCAACUCCACCGGCCCUCGUCCCAGCUUGUUUGUGCCGGAAAUGGCAUUUGACCUUCUGGUGAAGCCACAAAUCAAGCUUCUUGAAAUUCCCAGCCAGAGAUGUGUCGAGCUCGUCUACGAGGAGCUGAUCAAGAUAUGCCACACGUGCGGUUCAACUGAGCUUUCUCGCUUUCCUCGGUUGCAAGCAAAGCUGAUCGAGGUUGUUUCCGAUCUGCUGCGCGAGCGCCUGGGGCCUACAUCAUCAUAUGUAGAAUCCCUGAUUUCGAUCCAACGCGCUUACAUCAACACGAACCAUCCCAACUUUCUGGGAGCCGCCGCAGCUAUGAGUAACGUUGUCAGCAACAAGCAGGAGAGAGAACGAAAACGCCUCAUCCAGGAGGAGAGAGAACGGCGGGAGAAGAGGAGGUUGAAGGAGCUUGGCAGCAACGGUGUUGAGGCACCAGACGACGAGGAGGCCAACGCCGCUGCCCCCGAGAAGGCCGACCCGGCAUCUCUCCGGAAGCAGGCCAGCAAAGGAGCACGCAGUCUAUCCCCAGGUGUACGGGAGAAUGGCGCUACUGGGCUGAAUGCGGCAUUGAAUGGAGCAAGAUCGGGAUCUCCCUCCAGAUUUAACGGACAAGGCCUUGGCGGUGCUCGCGACUCGUUCCUGACCUACUUCUUUGGCAAAGACGGUGCUUCGCCUAUUGGGACACCCCAGGGCAUGUCCCCCACGCCCAACUCCUCCAUCGCCCGCCAUGUAAGCCAGACUUCUGAGCCCACAUUCUCACAAAGCAUCCGCCGGACCGAAGAAAAGGUGGCUUUGCGGGCCCCUACCCAGCCCCCGGUUCGGGAAGACGAGCUGGAUUUCCCCAACUCGAACCGAUCUGUAGACUUUGGAGCGCCAUUCGGCGCGACAGGUGGCGAACCAGCCAUGACGGAGAGGGAGGCCAUGGAGACGGAGCUUAUCCGAGCACUCAUUUCCUCGUACUUCAACAUCGUGCGCGAGUCGAUCGCUGAUCAAGUCCCGAAGGCUGUCAUGCACCUGCUGGUGAACCACUGCAAGGACGUUGUCCAAAACCGACUUGUCAGCGAACUUUACAAGGAGGUCCUUUUCGAGGAGCUGUUGUACGAAGACGACGGUGUCAAGAAGGAGCGUGAGAAGUGUGAGAAGCUGCUCCAGACAUACAGGGAGGCAGCGAAGAUCAUUGGCGAAGUGUUAUAG